ACUCUUCAGUUUCAAACCCGUUCUGCUGGAUACAAAAAGAAUUGAAUUUCACAAAAAACUUUUUUUACAAUGCCGUUUCAGAUUCCAAUCUAGGGAUUUGGUGCGGGAGCCAAACAUAGAAAUUGAGACAAGAGAUACUUUAAAUAUACACAGAAAGGUCUAGGCCCGAAACGUCGAGCUUUCCUGCUCGGCCUGCUGUGUUCAUCCAGCUCCAACACCGUGUCACCUCAGAUUCUCCAGCAUCUGCAGUUCCGAUUAUCUCAUGAAUUUACUGUUUUUCAAAGGGCUACUCGAAGAGAAAACUCCGCUUUUUACGUCCGGCAGGUGUCACUGUUCUACCGGAGAUGAAAAGCGGCUAAUGAUGUUCUUCCAAUAAUAGAUAACAAGGUGAGGCGCUGGAUGAACACAGCAGCCGAGCAGGAAAGCUGAAGUUUCGGGCCUAGACCCAGAAGGUUACUGUGCUCAUACACCUCCACACCUAGUUAUUCUCGGAUUGUCCAGGAUUUGCAGUUCCUAUUAUCUCUGAAACGAUGUUCCUCCAGUCCGGUUAUUGAACAGACCAUGUGUUUACAUUGCUGUACCACUACUUCGCUGUGCUGUUGAAACUGACUUCUCUGGGGAAUGCUGCAGACGUCAAACUACAGCCUUGUGCUGACAAUACAGUUCACGUUUAUGAUCUACGACUUGAUGUCCAAUUCCUUUUCUGAGCUUAUAUUCACGGAGCCAGUGAUCCCACUGAUCAUGUUCAUUAUUCAGGAUGUUGGAAUCCUCUUCAAUGUCAUCGUCAUCUUUCUAAUGUUUUUUAACACGUUUAUCUUUCAAGCUGGCUUGGUCAAAUUGCUGAUUCAUAGGUUUACUGGAACCAUUGUUGUUUCUGGCAUUUACUUCAUUUUAAGUGUCAGUUUUCAUGUUUGGAUUCAGAAUCUGCGAUGGUGGAACAUGCGUGGGUAUGUGUGGACAAAAGGACUUCAAGCACUUUUCGUCUUCCAACGGUUGGCUUCUGUUUUAUACUAUUAUUUCUACAAAAGAACUACCCUUUGCCUUGGAGACCCUCGAUUGUAUGAGGACUCAGAGUGGCUCCGAAAUGAAUUCUUCCGUGUCCGAAAAUAAAAUGGCAGAAUGAUAAUUGUAGUGGCGCACUGCAUUACAAAUGAACAGUUUAUGUGUACAGAUCUGUAGCUGAGUAAAAAUGCAUUUGUAACUUAGUAAGAAUUUUAUAGCUAUAUUUUUAAAAAAGUAGUCACUGGAGACUUUUCUACCUUAAAACAUUCAUGUUCUUUCCGAACUUGAGCAGUAAGAGGAGGAAUUUCUUUCAGCAUUUUAGUGCUGAAUCAUUCAGUUGCCAUUAGUUACAUUUCUGUGUCAAAUAACAAUUAAUUUUGAUCAAAUCUCACCAAAUGUAUAAAUUUCUUUACAAAAGCAAAAUAUCUCAGUUGCUGGAAAUCUGAAAUAACAUCAGGAAAUAGUGGGUUAGGAAGUGCCUGUAGAUAGAAUUGAAUUAAUGUUUCAGGUCACUGACCUUGCAUCAAAAUUCAAUGAGAAUCGGAACACUUCGGAUAUUCUGAAUUUGUUGUCUCCCUUUUUCUACUACUUCUCCCUGCAAGGAUGAAGUUCUAUGGCACGAAUAGUUCUCCCAGUUGACUUUAUUCAUGAGUAUUCUAGAUGAGUGGAUGUCGUCACUAUUUGAUUAUGAAGAGCAUAGUAGUAGGUGCUAUUUGUGAUUUCAUCCUUAAGCAGUGGAUUUAUAGUUUUAUAUUUAUGGACAAUAGUAAAUACUAAUUACAUCAUGCCCAUUAGUUCUGAAUAGUUAUCAGGAUGGCAGUGCAGACUUCUCUUUUCCAAGACCAAAGGCUAAGGCUAAUGGUAGCAGCCUAUAAAUUGGUUAUCUUAGCACAAAAAGUUUAACCUCCAGUUGGAUCUGCCUAACUUAGUGUUACGAAUGGUACAUUGAUUUUAAAUUGAAGGUUGAGAAGGUGGUAUUUUAUUUAGUGUUUGGAAUGUAUUAAUAAAGAGUAUUAAAGAUGAAUAAACAGUAUAUUUGAUCAUUAUAGAGUUCUAAUACAACUCUAGAUAAAUGUCAAAAACAAAAACAGAAGUUGCUAGAAAAGCUCAGCAGGUCUGGCAGCAUCUAUAAAGAGAAAUCAGAGUUAACGUUUUGGGUCCAAUGACCCUUCCUUGAAACGCAGACCCAAAAAUUUAACUCUGAUUUCUCUUCACUGAUGCUGCCAGACCAGCAACAUCUAUUUUUGUUUCUGAUUUGCAGCAUGUGCUGUUUUUUUUCUGGCUUUUAUCUUGAUAAUUGUCCAUGGUUUUGCUAAACUGUGGUAUUGUCUAAUGGAAAGAGGAAUUUUUUUAGUUCCUGAAACUAGCCAUCUUUUACAAGUAUCUUCAUAUGUUUCUGUGUCCCAUUUUGAGUUUAAUUUUCCCACAUGACUUUGAGGUAUCAGGAAGCAGAUUUUUGAAGGCGUCUGGGAGGAAAUAAUAUGAAUUUUGCAACAUAUCCCACAUGACAAAGCAAGAGAUUGAUGGGAGGUGUGAACUUCUGUAAUAAUUCAGGCCUAGUAUAAUGCGCUGUAUUUUUGGAGUGAGUUUCCAUCAGUAGCCCUACAAGACAGUAUGAGGUGAUAUUAAAGAUCUAUAACAUUAUAUGCCCCAAAGGUGUCCACAAGUCUCUGAAUUAGCAGAGCAAUCUGCAGUUGUUUGACAUUUAGUUCUAUAUUUUAAUUGCUAUAUUUACAUGUCUAGAUGUUUAACUUUUAAAGUUUUUUUACUUUUUAUAUAUUUUAAUCGUUAUAAAAUAAUAUUUAGAUGUGCUGUGAUGUAUGAUUCUAAUUUUGACUUUGUAUUUCAUACCUGAAAGGUAUUUUGGAGGAAUAUUAAAUUCUACACAUAUUUCUUAAAGACUUGAUUGCUGUUCUUUAUUUAAAGCCUAGUAAUUUUAUGUAAUCUGUUUGCUACUUCGCACUUUGAAAACUUUUAAAACGGAUUCUGUUUUUAGCACAUAUGUAAAAUGGUUUUUUGUAUAAUCUACAUGAAGAAAGUGUUCAGAAGGUUGGCUUGGAUUUUUUUGGUACUAAUUUCCUUGCAGUGAAUAUUCUGGUUUAAUGCUGUUCAUUACUUUUUAGCCUGCCCAAAAAAAAACCUUUGUUGUUUAUAUUCUGUCUCAUUUCAGCAGCAGAUUUCAUCAGUACAGUUUGGACUUUUUAAAAGUUGAAAGAAACACAAUACACUUUUUCCCCGAGUAGGUUUCGGUUUGAUUUUACUCAAACCAAAAACUGGAUGCUAGAGAUCUGAAAUAAAGAAGUGGAAAUUGCUGCAGAAACUCAGCAGGUUGGCAGCAUCUGUAGAAAGAAAACAGAGUUAACAUCUUGAAUCCAGUGACCUUUAUUUAAAGAAAGGUGAUUGGACUCAGUGUUAACCGUGUUUUCUCUAUAUCAAUGCUACAGAGCUUUUUCCAGCAAUUUGUUUUGUGUAUUUCAAUCUGAGUAUGUAUCUUUUAGUAUACUGGACCCAAUGAAGACAUUUCUGCUAUUAGUAGUAACGCUGGAAUCUGUAAUUC